GUCCUACAUCAUGACAUAUACUUGGUUUUUUCUUUGCUGGAGUCGUGCUCAAUCAAUUUGGUCUGAUCAGAAACAUCACAGAUGUUAAAGUUCUUUCGGAGUGGGGGAUUCUUUUCUUGGACCGCAAAACGGGACAGACAAUUGGCAUAGGACAUGAAUCACAGGGCCUUUACCAUCUUACCUCUUCAAAUUCCUUCACAGCAUGCUCCGCUAGAGAUCCUCCUGACCUUAUUCACAAACGUUUGGGACAUCCUAGUUUAUCCAAGCUACAAUAGAUGGUGCCUAGUUUGUCUAGUCUAUCCACAUUAGAUUGUGAGUCGUGUCAACUUGGGAAACACACCCGUGCUACUUUUUCACGUAGUAUUGAGAGUCGCUCAGAGCCUAUUUUCUCAUUAGUUCAUUCCGAUAUUUGGGGUCCUAGUAGAGUCAGUUCACCCUUAGGAUUUCGUUACUUUGUUACUUUCAUCGAUGAUUUUUCAAGAUGUACUUGGGUUUACUUAAUGAAAGAUAGUUCCGAGUUAUUAUCUAUAUUCAAAGGUUUUUGUGCUGAAAUACAAAAUCAAUUUGGUGUUUCUAUUCGUGCUUUUCGUAGUGAUAAUGCCUUAGAAUACUUAUCCUCCCAGUUUCAGGAGUUCAUGACUCAUCAAGGAAUCAUUCACCAAACAUCAUGUCCAUACACCCCUCAGCAGAAAGGAAAAAUAGGCAUCUCAUUGAGAUUGCUCGCACUCUUCUCAUUGAAAUCCCAUGUUCCACUGCGUUUUUGGGGCGAUGCGGUCUUCACAUCUUGCUAUCUCAUUAACAGAAUGCCAUCAUCUUCGAUUCAGAAUAAGGUUCCCCAUUCCAUAUUAUUUCCUUAGUCAUAUCUCUACUCUAUCCCCCUUCGUGUUUUCGGGAGCACAUGUUUUGUUCAUAACUUAGCCCCAGGAAAAGAUAAAUUGGCCCAUCAUGCUCUCAAAUGUGUCUUCCUUGGUUACUUUCGAGUUCAAAAAGGGUAUCAAUGCUAUUCACCUGAUCUGGGUCGCUACCUUAUGUCCGCUGAUGUCACAUUCUUUGAAUCUCAACCUUUUUAUACAUUUUCUGAUCAUCUUAAUAUCUCUGAGGUUUUACCAAUACCUCCAGUCUUACCCACACCAAUCUUUGAGUAUGGUUACUUCUCCAUCUCCAGCUACAGUGCCACCACUUUUGACUUAUCACCGAUGCCCACGUCCAGUAUCAGUCCCAGAUGAUUCAUGUUCUGCGCCUGACGCUUCCCCUACUGCGGACCUGGCUCUUCCUAGUCAAUCAGUUGCACUUCAAAAAGCUUUUUGAAAUGGGAUUGGAGCUUUCACUUGCACGCUUGAAAGCACUUGCAAAGUUUGCUUUUGGCAUGGGACUGACUCAGGUUGUAUUAUCAACUUUGGCAUUUACAUCUUUCGAGCUUCCACCUAAUGAUGCUAUCGGGACAAAGAUUUUGGAGUUUCUUUUUCACUCAAGGCCUGAUCUGGUGAAUAUUAGAAGUGUUGAUGAGGCUGUGGUGAUUGGUGCUGCUCUCUCACUGUCUUCUUCAGCUUUUGUUCUGCAGAUUCUUGCAGAGAAGGGUGAGCUUCCAACUAGAUUUGGCUCAGCCACAUUGGGAAUACUUCUUCUUCAGGACAUUGCUGUUGUGCCUCUAUUGGUCGUUCUACCAGUGCUGGAGACCCAGAAUCUGAUAGAAGAAAGUAUUUGGCCAAUGCUUGCAAAAGAAAGUCUGAAAGCUUUAGGUGGACUAGGGUUGCUUUCUUUUGGAGGGAAAUACAUAUGGAGGCGAGUUUUUGAGGUUAUUGCAGAAACGAGAAGUUCGGAAGCUUUUGUUGCACUCUGCCUUUUGACUGUUGCAGGAACGUCACUAUUAACGCAGAAGUUGGGCUUUAGUGACACGCUUGGAGCAUUUUUAGCUGGGGCUCUGCUUGCAGAAACAAAUUUCCGUACUCAGAUUGAAGCUGAUAUAAGGCCUUUCAGAGGAUUACUUCUUGGUUUAUUUUUUGUGACUACCGGAACUUCUAUUGAUAUGCAGCUUCUUUUCCGUGAGUGGCCAAAUGUGCUUUCCCUUUUGGCUGGUCUGAUUGUUAUCAAGACAUUGAUCAUAACAGCAAUAGGUCCCCGAGUCGGACUAUCCCUUCAGGAGAGUGUGAGAAUUGGAUUUCUUCUUUCUCAAGGAGGAGAAUUUGGAUUUGUGGUCUUUUCCCUAGCGAAUAGGCUAGGAGUGCUGCCACUCGAGCUCAAUAAACUACUUAUCAUUGUUGUUGUACUAUCUAUGGCACUGACUCCAUUACUCAAUGAAAUUGGACGAAAAGCUUCUGAGUUUAUUGGCGAGAAGUUUGACAGUGAAGAUAGAACUGCCGAAAUGGCAAACUUUGAUCUGAGUGAACCAGUAGUUAUCCUUGGAUUCGGCCAAAUGGGUCAGGUCCUUGCCAAUUUAUUAUCAACACCACUAGCUUCGAGUCACGGGGAGGAGUGGCGAUAUAUUGCUUUUGAUCUAGAUCCUUCUGUUGUAAAGGCUUCUACAAACCUUGGUUUUCCUGUUAUCUAUGGUGAUGGUUCACGUCCUGCAGUCCUGCAGUCUGCUGGUAUAUCUUCUCCAAAAGCAGUCAUGGUCAUGUACAGAGGAAAAGAAAGAACCACGGAAGCUGUUCAGAGAAUUCGACUAGCCUUUCCAGCGGUACCAAUAUAUGCAAGAGCUCAGGAUGUGAUGCACCUAUUAGAUCUGAAGAAAGUAGGAGCAACAGAUGCCAUUCUUGAAAGUGCAGAGACAAGUUUACAGCUUGGCUCUAAACUUCUAAAAGGCUUUGGUGUCCUGUCUGAUGAUGUAACUUUUCUAAGUCAACUUAUUCGAGAUUCUAUGGAGCUGCAAGCGCAAGAGGUUGCUGAUAAAUCUGAUGAUCAAGUGUCUAAAGUUAUGAAACCGUUGCAGGUAAGAGUAGCAGACUUUGUCCAGAAUGGUACACCUGCGCUGUCAACUGACACAAUACAGGAUCGAAGUGAUAGCAGCUACAAUUUGGCUGCAGCUGAUCAGUCAUCUGAUGAUGGAGAGAACCAUCCAUCUCAUGCUCUAGAAAAUGGAGAACAGCUAUUUGAGGAGGCUGAUAUAGAGAAUGCAUUUCCAGCUAACUCGAACAGUGGUGGUGUGGAAAGUGAUACAGAUGAGAUCCCUCAACAAACUUAGGGGGCUCAGGUGGUUCUGAUACUGCUGCCUAAGGUCCCGGCUUAAGACUGCCAUCCUUAAGAACAAAGGGUUAAAAAGAGGCGCACCUUGCAUUUGGAGGCAUCCAAUUUAGGUCUAUCCCUCCAUUGAGUACUUCUAGAUUACAAGUUUUGACAGUUGCAUUAUUGAUGUUUGAUGAAGGACGAGGCGCAUGAUAGGAAAUUGGCUUAGUGAUCAUAUAUUGUACAUAGUCGAGCUUAUGGGACUGGCCGUUAGCUAGGAUUUGUUCACCUAUCCAAAAAGGUUAAUUCAGUUGGAUUUUGCUUAUAGUCACAUCUGAAAACAAGAAAACUCCCCCUCCUCCCCCCCCACCCCCGGAAAGUCUAUGUGUUGCAUCCCUCCUUUUCAUUGUCAAAAAAACGAGAAAAGUUAUCAUAGAAGAUGAUGAUUGAUUUUUAUCAAAUUCUUCUUCAAAUAGUGAUGUAAUAUGAGGUCUUGUUUUUUACGCC